CUACUUCUCCUGGCACUGGAUCGAAAUUUCUCAUUUGUCCGACUUCAAGAUGUGGCUGCUGUUUACUAUGCUGUAUCAACGAAUCCCAUUGGCAAGGAAUUCAUGUUCAACUUCCUCCUUGAGAGAUGGGAUGAAAUUCUCGAAAGCUUGACAGCGGACCACCGAACUGUUGAACGAGUGAUCAAAGCGUGCACUGCAGGUAUUCGAUUGGAGCAGCAGAUAGAUCAGGUCAAACUUCAUAUCAAUAACUUGUUUAGAAAUGGUGCACAUGCUCGAGAAUAUGGAGCAUUCGACGAACAAAUCGAACGAGCGGGUCAUAAAAUCAACUGGAUCAAGAAACAUAUGCGAAAAUUAGCGGAUUUCUUUGAAAAAUCGACUUAA